UACACAAAAAACAAGAAUGAGAAAUUUUCUCAUAAUGUUAAGGACAAUGUAAGCUGCUGCAGGAACAAGCAAAAAUCCCCAACAACAAGAACAGCAGAGAAAAUAUAAUUACAUAUUAUUAUUAUUAUAAAAGCAGAGAAAAACAUAUCCGCUGGCAAGAAGAGGGAAAAAACUUUGCAAAGAGACUAUGAAAAAUGCACAACUGAAACUGAGUGAAGUUGAUGAUGAUGAUGAGCUGUGGCUGGCAGUGAGAUUAAGGCACAUCAACAGCAGCAGCAGCAGCAGCAACAGCAACAGCAACAGCAGUCAACAACUAAAGAGCUUAAGUACAAAAAAACAUCAUAACAGCAACAGCAGCAACAACAACAACAACAACACUCAGUCGGUAGUGAUACAAAAUGUAGCCAGCAAUAAUGAAAACCAGCAGCAGCAACAACAGCAACAGCAGCAACAACAUUUAGACAUUAGAAAAAUUUCAGCAACAACAGCAACCACAACAAUAAUAAUCUCUGCUCUUUGA